AGACUAGCUUCAUAACAUUGCUAGCUGUCAGCUAGCUCGUGUUGGAAGUGGUGUUGAAGGCAGGAGGAAAUUAUUGUUGAUCGUCUCGGAAUUCUUAUCAAUUCGUACAAUCAGGACACAGGUGGAUAGGUGGACACUGUCACUGAGUGCCUGAGUACACCUGUCAUCGCUCCCAAAACAACGUGCUAUCGUUAAACUUGCUCUGUAGGAGAAGCAACAACCACAGUUUAAAGUGAAUGGCUGAGGGCCCCUCAGAACCACCUGACCUUGAUCCAGAUGGGACCUCAAAACAGAAACCACAUCAGCACAAAUCUAAAAGAGGAUGGCCCAGGCAAAACAAUGACAGAAACCUGAGUAAUAAUAGCUAUGAUACAUCUCAACAAUAUGAAAACUUCCAUCAGGGCUUUAAACACUCAUUUGAUCAUUAUAAUUCAAAUUAUGCAGAGUAUCACCAUCCUUUCCCCCAAGGUGAGGAUGUUUCAAGAAGGAGAGGCAGAGGUAGAGAAAGGAGGGAAGGGAAUAGAGGUUUGAAUGGAAGACUUGGAAGUUCAGGCCCCUGGAGGCAGAGACCAACUGGUGACUUUGGCCAGUAUGGUGCAAGCAACAGAUAUUCAAGUGGUUACCAGCCAGGUCCACAACCUUUGGAUGGGCCUGAUGGACCCAGCUGGCGGAGAGAAAAUAUGAACAGGGAUUUGGAACAGACAGGUGAAGAGCUGGAUGCACAGGUUAAAAAAUCUAGAAACUUUAAUCAGAUGGGAGGAGAGCUAAGUGAGAAAAGUGGUCAUUUAAAGGAGAGCAACCAACCAGUCGCAGAUCACAAGCCACAUGGUAUUAAAAGAGAAAAUCCUUCUUGGGAGACAACAGAAAAAACUCACCAAGGCAAGAUGGGUGUUAGAUCUCAACAUGAUCACCAGAGAAAACACACUGAUGUGAAGCGACGACAAGGACCAAUCAAACCGCUGAAACCUCCAUCUCAAAAAGAAAUGGGCUCUGAGAGGUGUACGACUAGCCAGGAUGACUCUGACCAGGGCAGAUCAUCUCAGGAUCUUGUGUCUAAAGCUGGAAGAGGCUCAGGACUGCCUACACAGUUUCAGGGAAAAGGAGGGAAAAGAACUAACCAUCAAAACCACAAGCCGGGCCAGAGGAGCUGGGACAAGAUGCCCAAGAGUAAAGAGACGCAGACAGGGUGUCUGAUUGAACAGCUGUCUGAAGAGAAGUAUGAGUGCAUGGUGUGCUGUGAUGUCAUUCGGGUCAUGGCCCCGGUGUGGGGCUGCCAAAGCUGCUUCCAUGUUUUUCACCUGAACUGCAUCAAGAAAUGGGCUCGAUCCCCGGCUUCACAGGCCGACGAUUCAGUUGAAGGCUGGCGUUGUCCAGCCUGCCAGAAUGUUGCAGUGAAACACCCGACGACCUACACCUGCUUCUGUGGUAAAGUGACAAACCCUGAGUGGCAGCGCAGUGAGAUUCCCCACAGCUGUGGUGAUAUGUGUGGGAAGAAGAGAAGUGGAGUGGACUGCAAACACCCCUGUAACAUCUUAUGUCACCCUGGACCUUGUCCUCAGUGUCCUGCCUUUGUAACAAAAUCCUGCAUCUGUGGGAGGACAAGUCAGCCAAUGCGCUGCGGCCAGGCUACGGUGCUCCAAUGUGAUAAAAUGUGUGGUGCUCUACUCAACUGUGCUGAACACACCUGCUUGCAGGUGUGCCACAGUGGGGCAUGUCAGCCCUGCCAGUUGGAGGUUCAACAGGUUUGCUAUUGUGGUGUAACCACUCGUAAAGUUCUGUGUGGCACGGAUAAAGAGGGAUUUGAUGGGUCGGGACAUUUCUCCUGUCAAAAAAUUUGUGGAAAGGUGUUGAAUUGUGAAGCUCACCAGUGCCAGGAGGUGUGCCAUCGCGGGCCGUGCCAACCGUGCCCACGCUCAACGAGCCUGGUGAAGACCUGCCCCUGUAGUCAGACCCCACUGACCAAACUCCUGGAGCUGGGAUACUCUGAAAGACAAAGCUGCUCUGAUCCCAUCCCAUCCUGUGGGAAGACGUGCAACAAACCUCUGCCUUGUGGCUCCAGUGACACCAUCCAUUUGUGUGAGAAUUUAUGCCAUGAGGGAAGCUGCGGGCCCUGCUCUCUGACCUCGAUGAUCAGGUGCAGAUGCAGCUCCAACACUAAGGAGGUUCCAUGUGCAGAAAUCCAAAAAGAAGAUGAGCUUGUGUUCACAUGUGAGAAACGUUGCAGCAAGAAACGAUCCUGUGGCCGACACAAGUGUGGCGAGCUUUGCUGUGUGAAUAUGGAGCACAAAUGCCCUCUGAUCUGCGGCUACAAGCUCAACUGCGGCCUUCACCGCUGCCAGGAGCCUUGUCACCGUGGAAACUGUCAACCUUGCUGGCAAUCCAGUUUUGACGAGCUGACGUGUCACUGUGGGGUAAGUGUGUUGUACCCACCCAUCGCCUGUGGAACCAAACCACCAGAGUGCAAAAACCUGUGUACAAGAAGACAUGAGUGCGACCACCAAGUGUUUCACAACUGCCACAGUGAAGAAAAGUGUCCACCCUGCACAUACCUCACACAGAAAUGGUGCAUGGGAAAACAUGAGCAACGUAGCAACAUCCCCUGCCAUCUGCAAGACAUUUCUUGUGGCUUGACAUGUAACAAGAUGCUGCCCUGUGAAUUGCACCGCUGUAAACGGCUCUGCCACCGUGGAGCGUGCCUGCCAGAAGGCAUCUGCCAGCAGUCCUGCACCCUGCUUCGACCAGACUGUGGCCACCCGUGCUCCGCUCCCUGUCAUAAAGGCAGCAGCUGCCCACGCACCACCUGCACAGCCAAGGUAGCGCUGCAGUGUGACUGUGGUCGAAGAAAAGAAACUGUCGCCUGCACAGAAGCAGCCAGUUCAUAUCAGAGACAUGCAGCCAUCGCCAUGGCCAGUAAACUCUCCGACAUGCAGCUCGGUGACUCCAUGGACAUCGGCCCGCUCCUCACCAAGAAAGAGCUGAAACAGACAAGGCUUGAAUGUGAUCAAGAGUGUGCAACUUUGGAGAGAAACAGGCGUUUGGCUGAGGCGUUGCAGAUAGACUCGUCUUCUGACCCUUUCAACGUUCGCUCAACCUCUGUGUACAGUGACAGCCUUAAAGAGGAUGCCAGAAAAGACCUGAAGUUUGUCACAGAAGUUGAAAAGGAGAUCAAGAAUCUCGUCGAGCUUGUCAGUAAGGGAAAGCAGCCAAAAAGGAGCCACUGUUUCCCGCCUAUGAACAGAGAACAUCGAAAGAUCAUCCACGAGCUGGCCGAGGUCUACGGCGUGGAAAGCAUGAGCUACGAUAGCGAGCCCAAACGCAACGUGGUCAUCACUGCCCACAAAGGGAAGUCGGCCUGCCCAAACUCAACCCUGACUUCACUGAUAGAACGAGAGACGACUACAAGGGCCCCUCCUCCCAUCGCUCAUGUCAAACAGCACAGUAGCAAGGCUGCGAGUGGAAGCUCCUGGUCAAAGAUGGUUAAAGAGGAGCCUGUGAUAGAUUAUUUUGAUGUUCAGGACUGAAGGCUAAAACGAGAAGACACCACAGGAUCUGCAUAAAGACCUAAGUCUGCUUUUUUCUGUGGUAUUCAUCAAAUUUGUCUGGCUUCAUAAUAAAAUAAAAUUGUUUGGAAACAUGA